AACAUCCCCACCACCUGGCUACUACGUACCUAUCUUCACCAGCCCCCAAAUAUAUAUAGAUCGAUGCCCAUCAAGAUUAAUUAAUUUCAAGUAAAUUGGAAGACUAGUUCUCAAAUUUAAUUUUUUUGAGUUCUCUCUGUGUGCUAAUUAAUUUUCCUGCAUGAAUAUUGGGAGGAUUUUGCUAAGUAAAAAAAGUGUAUCAGGACAUAAUUCUUCUAAUAUAUCGAAGAAGAAGAAGAAGAAGAAAAAGAUGGAAUCUGAAAAGAGAAAGAGUUCAAGGGAGAAUAUGGUUCAAAAGUUGUAUGAUACUUGCAAGCAAAUAUUUGCAAAUGGUAAGGCUGGCUAUGUUCCUCCUCCUCAUGACAUCCAACGACUAACCUCCUUAUUAGAUAGUCUGGAACCAAAAGAUUUCAAGUUUACAGCACCAAGCUUGGAAUUUUCGAGUACAAAUCCUCCUGGAACAGUGGAAGCUCCUCUUGUUACCUACAUUAAGAUCCACGAAUGCAACAAAUUUUCGAUUGGGAUCUUCUGUUUGCCACCUUCAGGAGUAAUUCCUCUUCAUAAUCAUCCUGGCAUGACUGUCCUCAGCAAGCUUCUAUCAGGAACCAUGCACGCCACGUCAUAUGAUUGGGUGCACAAUCACGACCACCAGGCUAAUCAUUAUCGCGGGCAACAAGAAUCUAGGAUGAGGCUGGCAAAAGUAUAUGUUGACGCAGACUUCACUGCACCAUGCAAAUCUUCAGUCCUAUUUCCAGAAUCAGGAGGAAAUAUGCAUUGCUUCAAGGCCCUAACACCAUGUAUCCUACUUGAUGUUUUAGGACCACCAUACUCUGAACCUGAAGGCCGUCACUGUACAUAUUAUCAACAUUACUCGUAUGAUCACAUAAGUUUUUCCGAUGGUAAUAAAGAAAUGAAGAUGAAGGAAGAUGAGACAAGAUCAUAUGCAUGGCUUGAAGAACGAAAAGAUGAGCAGUUUGUUGUGUUAGGAGGAACAUAUGACGGUCCAACAAUCAAACUGUAG